UGCGGCCUCUUGCCGGCUGGAAGGGUUCGCUAGCCACUCCGUUUCUCAUUUUACAGACCCUUUCCUUAGUCGCCAUCACAAUUCUUUUGAGAUAUUUUCUUUUCAUUCCUUGUGACCAAAGGCAAACAAAAACAAAUUUUGGAAAUUUUUUGAAACGAUCGAAAACAAGUGCAUCACAAUUCGCCAAAAUGCGACCCAAGUGAAAAAUUGGCGCUAAAUUUGAUUUUCGUCAUCAUUUCAAAAGUGAUUGCUUGAAACAUGUUGGGAUUCGGCUGAGAAAUUAGUGUCAGAAAAUUUAAAAACGACAAUCGAAAAAACCAGUUUCGUUUCUUUUAAAAUCCUGAAAAAUUUGAUCGUCGGUGAUUGUGUGCUGAGCGGGUGAGAGUGAGCGUGAGUGUUAUUAUAUACAAGUGCCGAGUGCCGAGUGGUUUCGUCGUGUGAGAGUGAGAAUCCCGUGGUUCAGUUUUGAUUGGAAAUCCGAGUGGAUAUCUAUUGGUGUGUGUUUGAUUGCCAAGUGCACAGCCGCGCAGACAUUUCGUGCCAAAAAUGAACCAAUUGGGCACCGUGUACGCGACAAAGCGUCGGCGUCGCAACGGCAAAAGUUUGAAGCCGUCGCCAAAGGAGAGUUCGGGCAAGAGCAAUCCGAGCAAACGGCACAGGGAGAGACUCAACGCCGAGCUGGACACGCUGGCCAGUCUCCUGCCUUACGAGGCUUCGAUCCUCUCCAAACUGGACCGGCUCUCCAUUCUGAGGCUGUCCGUCAGCUACCUGCGCACCAAGAGCUAUUUUCAAGUCAGUUGCCACAAGGGGAUCAAAGGUGAACAACAACAGCAACAACAUUCGCAACACGGCGGCGGUGGCCAUUUCUUGCUGCACGACAAUCAAUUCCGCAACAGAGACGUGACCAUCUUCGACUCGCCGUCGCUGGACGGUGAAAGCUUCCUCCAGGCUCUCAAUGGAUUCCUGCUGAUUUUGACCAGCGACGGAGAAGUCUUCUUCGCCACACACACCAUCGAGAGUUACCUGGGAUUCCAUCAGUCGGACGUGGUGCACCAGUCGGUUUACGAGCUGGUCCACUCUGAGGACCGCGAAGAGUUGCAGCGCCAAUUGACGUGGAGUUCCCAACUGCCGGCCGAUUCGGGACUGACGCUGCUGGACGCCCUCCGACCCGACAAUUCAUUGAUCCUCGAACGAUCCUUCACCGUCCGCUUCCGAUGCCUACUCGACAACACUUCCGGAUUCCUGAGACUGGACAUCAGGGGUCGUGUCAAGGUCCUUCACGGGCAGAACCGCAAGAUGGAAGAGCCGCCGCUGGCCCUGUUCGCCAUCUGCACUCCGUUCGGCCCGCCGAGUCUACUCGAGCUGCCCCACAAGGAGAGCAUGUUCAAGAGCAAACAUCGGCUCGACCUCGCCCUCGUCUCCAUGGAUCAAAGGGGGAAGGCCUUGCUGGGUCACAGUGACGCUGAAUUGUCGUCGCUGGGCGGCUACGAUCUGGUCCAUUUCGACGACUUGGCCUACGUCGCCAGCGCCCACCAAGAACUUUUGAAGACGGGCGCUUCGGGGUUGAUUGCCUACCGGCUGCAAACAAAAGACGGGCAGUUCCAGUGGCUGCAGACGUCGUCACGGCUCGUCUACAAGAACAGCAAACCCGAUUUCAUCAUCAGCACUCAUCGGCCGCUCAUGGAGGAGGAAGGACGAGAUUUGAUGGGCAAACGGACCAUGGACUUUAAAGUGAGUUACCUGGACGCUGGAUUGACGAGCAACUACUUUACGGAUCAGGAAGCUGGAUCGGCCAUUUCGGCGACGGUCGCCCCAACGACGACGACGACCUCGACGACGACUGGGCAGACGACGGUCCUUCCGUCGCAGACGGGCGGGACCAACGCUCAUCCGCCGGGGACGCAGAAAAUCGGAAGGAAAUACAAGAAUCAAUUACGCGAUUUCUUGACCAAUUGCCGGACGAAACGGAAAAGCGGAAGCUCUGGGGCCGCUGCUUCGGCCGCUGCCAACGGCCUCACGACUCCGCCGGAACCGUCGCCUGUCCACUACCUUUCUGGCAGUAGCAACAGCGGAGUGGAAUUGGCCAGCGGAGUAGCCGGUUGGACGACGACAACUACGGCCGGAGUGGGUGGAGGUUCAGCGGCCGCUUCUUCGGCCGCUGCUUCGGCCGCCGUCGCAGCCGCCGCAACGGCCUAUUCUCCUUCCGUCUACCCUGGGGCUUCAGCGGCUGCCGCGGCCGCCGCUGCGGCCACGGUGCCGUACCAUGCGGAUGCCACCAACAGUUUCUACCACAGCGCCAUGCAUCACCACCACCACCACCACCAGUUGGCCGCCCACCACCACCACGCCGCCCACCAUCAGCCCAACGCGACGCUGCAGAACCUUCAGAAUUUGCACCAGAGCUUUUACGGCACGCCCGGAGCGCUGGAUCACAACCGGUUCGGCAUCGUCCCCGCGGCCGAGCACAAUCUCUUCCAUCACGGCCACGCGGCCUACGCUCGAGGACUGGGCGUGGGCGUCGGAGCCGCCGGAUAUUACGCCGCCGAAUAUUCGCCGUACGUUCACGCCGCCGCGGCGGCCACCACCAACGGAUUCCUGGCCGCUGGAUACGAUUCCACGAUUGGCGGUAUGAGCCAAUUGUACGGCGGUAGCAGCAACAGCAGUCCAGCUGGCGGCGGCGGUGGUGGUGGCGGUGGCGGAGGAGCCGGUAGCCCGGCUGCUGGUGAUGUGAGCAAGUACGCGACGACUAGUACUUCGUCUGUGAGUGCUAGUAGCGGUGGUGGUGGUACGGCCGCAGGUGGAGGUGUGUCUAGCCUGGGCCGUCUCACGACGAGUCUGCAUCAUCAUCAUCAUCAUGGGGGAGGAGGAGGAGGAGGAGGAGGAGGCCUAGGCGGAGGAGGACUCUUAUCAUCCGGCGAGACGGAGCCAUCGUCAGAGUCGUCGGGUACCAGCACCAGCAGCAUCGCUGGAGGUGAUAGCCCUUACAAUAACGGCCAUCACAACAACAACACCAACAACCACCAUCAUCAGCAGCAACAACAACAGCAGCAGCAGCAGAGAAACAACAACCUUUCGUCCCGGCCCAGUUCCCGCAAACCGGUCGACCAACAGCAGCAGCAGCAACAACAGCAGAUGAUGCAGCAAUUGCAACAACAACAACAGCAACAGCAACAAUUGAGCAAGGCGGACAAGUACGGAGGAGACGGGCGGGAUUCGAGCAACGGCGGAGCUUCAUCCGGAGGCUCGUCAUCCGGAGGCGGUUACCCUGGCGGUACGAAUAGCAAUGACACCCGACAGACUGUUCUCAUGUGGGGAUCUUCUGGGUUAACGUCGGUCACCGGCAACCACUCGUCGUCGUCGUCGGUGGCGGCGGGUUCCAACGACGACGACGGGGGUAGUGGCGCAGUGGUCGUCUCCAUGACGACCGCCGAUUUAAUAACAUCCACCACGGCUGCCGCUGUCGCCGCCGCUUACGCCGCAGAUUGCGGAGUCUCUGAAACCGGAAUCAAGACCAAGUACGCGGGGCAUCACGGGGUCUACAAUGGCCACCACCAGCAGCAACAACAACAGCAGCAACAACAUCAUCACGUCCAGCAGCAGCAGCAGCAACAACAGCAGCAACAACAACACGACGUGACGGUCAGCAAACCGGUGGUGGUGUCGAGCAACGGCGUGGCCAACAGCAACAACAACCUGGACAACAGCAGCAGUUUGAACAGCGCCUGCAAGUGGGGCCGUGUGGGGCCUCAUUACCUGUACGGUGCAGCGGCCAGCGCGGCCGACGUGGUAUCGGGCAGUAGCGAGGUAUCCUGGCCACCGCACCACCACCACCACCAUCACCACCCCACAGCACCUCAUCAUCAUCAUCAUCAUCCACAUCAAUAUUAUCCUUACCCAUAUCACCAUGCGCACCACCACCACCACCAAUCACCGCACCACAGUGCCUCCUCCACCACCACCAACACGGCGCUGGAUCAACCUGCUGUCCACCAUCCAUUCACCAACAACAACAACACCAAUCAUCAUCAUCAUCUCCACUCCACCACGGCGUCCAUUGUUCCAGCGGUCCAGGACCAACAUCAGCAACAACACAACAACAACAACAACAACAACAACAACACAAUUCCUGUGGCCAAUCACAGCAACAGCAGCAGCAACAGCAGCACCUCGUCAUUUGCAGCAGCAGCGGGAUCGGGGGAUCGGAUAGGAGUGGCUCGGACUGCAGUCCUUUGCUGUCCUUCUCCGAGGUGACCAACACUUUACUCAACAACCAGCACGGAAUCGAUCCAUAAAUAAUUUUGUAACGACUGUGGGAUUUUCUCAACCUGGAAAAAUCAAAUCGAAAAACAUUUGAAGCACAAAAAAAUUUGAAAUAAAAAUUUAAAUGUUGGUGGACGAUCUCUUACGAAAAAUGGACGACCUCCCAGUAUCCCCCCCUAUAAUUUCCCCAACGAAUUUCUCUGCUCUGAAUUUUUGGACUCUGCUGUGAUUUCAAACUCACACGUCUCUCCCUUGAACCGACCUGGCAAAUUGAUUGGAUUUAGAAUUUUUUUGUUAUUUAAAUGAAAGGAAAAAUGAUGAAAUACGUAACUCGAUAAAUCGUGAAAGAAAAUACUAAAAAACCCAAAACUGUGAAAUCCUCUUGUUCCUCCUCCCUUAAUCCCCCUCCCCUCCCUUUAAUCUUACACCAAUUUUUCAUGUACGGAAUUUUCGACGACAUCUUCUGACUCGUUUGUAACUUGACGCGUGGUUUUCCCCCCCUUGAUUCUUUCUCUAUAAUAAUCAUUUCUCCCCAACAAGAUUCGUCUAGUCAACUCUCGCGAUGAAGUGUGUUGUGUCAUUCCCCUCCUUUUUAAGUUUUUUUUUUUUAAAUAGGCAGCUGUCUUUUGUUUUUAAUCCGAUGCCGAUCAAAAAAACAAAAAGUUGAAUUUUUUUUUUUAAUUUCCAUUCCGAUUUGUUUUUCCGCGCUUUAAUUUUUCAAAUUAUUUAAUUUUUUGUAGGGAAAACUUAUGUUUUUUUUUUCUUAAAAUUAAUUCGACCGCAGUUAAUUUUUUAUUGCGUAAUUGUGCUAUAUUUUCUUCCUAUACAUACCCAUUCUUUGAUUUUAUUUUGGAAGAAAGUAGGAUACAUUAAUUCGUUUGUUUGUUUGUUUUAUUCUGGAAAGAAUUCUUAUUUCUCAGUGUGUGUGCCGAGUGGGUGGGCGUGUGUAAAAUAUAUAUUUCUUCCUCCGAUUCUUCUGUUAAAUCCCUUUGCAAGGAAUUAAUGAGUUUCUUGUGUGAUUGCUUGCGUGUGACCCGCUAAGAGGUGCUGGUUAUUUUUUACCAAUUGUGUGUGUGUGCCGUGUAAGUGUGUUUUUACCUUCCUCCCUUCUCUCUUUGAUCUUCACCAAAAUCCCAUCAUCGCCAUAAUAACAAGGAAGAAGAAGAUAAACGUAUUCUGUUUGAUGGUCCUCCUCUUUUUCCAAUUGACGACAGCAAAUUAUUUUUUAAUUUUUUUCUCUCUCCAGCUUCGACGAGGUUCCGAUUUCAUUAAUCCCCCUAAUAACCCGUUAAUAACCAUAUUUUCUUUUCCCCCCUCCAUUCAUUGAUUCUAUUGCGUGUAAAGUUAACGGAAGAAUGUCCUCCUCCUCCUUCAAAAUGGCGUCGAUCGACUUUAGUUUUGGAUUUUUCUCUCGGAAGAAAAAGAAGAUGGGAAGAAGAGAAAUUUGUGUUUUUCCUUCAACAUCAUCCACACCCACGAUAUCAAGUCUCGUAUAUCCGUCGCUAUCAAAUCUCUUAAAAAAACAAAAACAUUUACUAUACAUAAAAAUUUAAUUUUUUCUUUUUAGUUUCUGUGCUGCACCUCCUCCUUUCAAUUGUGUUGAUCUUACUCCAUUUGUUGUGACAAUUAAAACAAAAGAUAAAAGGAUAUUAUAUACCUCACCUCUGA